UGCAAUAAACAUAACCAAUAAAUCUAAGUUCUUUUACUUCUUUUACAUGAAUAAGUGUUUUUAUUGUAAAGUGUUUAAUAAAAGUAUAAAAAAUGGAAAAAGCAGAGACUGCUGUAAAAGCAAAACUUCCCACAGUCACUGUGGAUCAAAUUAAUGCGGAUGAAAUUACUAUGCUUGCUAAUCAAUUCUGGGCCCCAAGUACUGCCGGAUCACACCUUCCUUAUAAUCCUUCCAUAAUAGACGACAUAUAUUUAAGAGAAAUAUGUGGUACAAAAUUUUCAAUUCGACGUAUAAUGAUGCUUGAAUUCAGUCAAUACCUAGAAAAUUACUUAUGGCCAACUUAUUCUGAGAAGUCUUCACAUGCUCACAUGAUGUCCAUAGUCGUUAUGUUAAAUGAAAAAUUCAGAGAACGGGUCCAAGCAUGGCAAGCUUUUGAAAGACGACCAGAAGCUUUUUCAGCAUUUUUUCAACAAGUGCUGAGAGCGUGUUUAGCUGAUACUCCUCAGACUGAAAAUGCUAUGCAAGAAGCUACAGCUUUAAUAGUUUUUUUGAAUCACUGCUUCAAUAGUAUGGAAGUUGCUUUGUGCAGAGAACAAACUAAGCGAUUGGUCUCUUUGUCAAUGUGGUGCUGUUUAGAUCCAGGCAGAAGAGAAUAUGAGUUAAAGAAAAUACCUAAAUGGAGAAAAAUUUAUAAAGCUCUCCAAAAAAAGAAACCAGAUAUGUUGGAAAAGCUGCUAUGGGAAAGGUGCUUUCUACAGCGUCUCAUGAUGAAAUUUUUAAAUGUACUUGACUCAAUAAAUGAGGUUACUGAUGAAGAUUUACCAAAAUAUACUGUUAGGUAUUUGGAAAGAUUUUUAGAACUCUUAAUUGAUUUAGAAGCAUUGUUACCUACACGCAGGUUUUUUAAUACUGUUUUGGAUGACUCACAUCUAAUUGUUAGAUGCCAAUUAUCAAAAUUCAUACACUGCAAGGACGGAAAACUGUUUUCACAAUUGCUGGAUAGGCUGAAAUUUUAUGCUAGGUUUGAAAUCAACGACGAAACUGGAGAUCCUCUUACAGAUCAUGAUAUGACACAGUUGCAUUAUUCAAAAAUCACUUCACUUCAGAAAGCUGCAUUCUCCAGUUACCCAGAAUUGAGAGGUUUUGCCUUAGCAAAUGUUGCCAGCGUGGACACCAGGGAAAGCCUGGACAAACAUUUCGGCAGUCUGGACGCUUCUCGGAUGAGGGAUUUGGCCUCUCAAUUACAUCUCACUAAGAAGGAUGCUGUUCCCAAAGAAACUUUUCUUCGAGAACUGUUGAUCUCUCGACAUGAAAGAAGAGCAUCUCAAUUAGAGGCCUUGAAUGAGAUGCCCUUAUAUCCAACUGAAGAUGUCAUUUGGGAUGAAAACGUUGUGCCUUCCGAAUAUUUUUCAGGAGAGGGUUGUUUAGCCCUGCCAAAAUUAAAUUUGCAGUUUUUGACGCUCCAUGAUUAUUUGCUGCGGAACUUCGAUUUGUUCCGUUUGGAAUCUACAUAUGAAAUUAGACAAGAUAUAGAAGAUGCUGUAAGCCGAUUGAGCCCAUGGAAAGCCGAAGACGGUGGUGUGGUGUUUGGAGGUUGGGCGCGCAUGGCUCAACCUAUAACAAAAUUUGCAGUUGUUGAAGUUGCCAAACCAAGUAUUGGCGAAAAAAGACCAUCCAGAGUUCGAGCAGAUGUUGCUAUUGUAUUACCAACCAGGAAUGAUGUCAGGAGCGAGUGGGAAAAUUUACGAAAGCACGAUGUCUGCUUUUUGAUCUCAAUAAAACCCACUUGUCCUAUUGGAACGCGUUACCAGCACAAAGAACCAUUUAUCCCUCAAGUUGGUCUUCAUAGAGUACGAGGUUGUGAAAUAGAGGGUUUGCUAGAUGCUAAUGGUCGUGUUAUAGAAGAUGGUGUUGAUCCUAAACCAGAACUUCCUGGUGAUGAGCGUGUAUUCCGAGUCUGGUUAGAUUGCAAUCAAUAUCGAAGAGAUAUGGAUGCUUUGAGCCACGGUGAAGAUGAUGUCUAUGAAAGUUUCAAUAUUUUACUCCGGCGUAAACCCAAAGAAAAUAAUUUCAAAGCUGUUUUGGAAACAAUUCGGGAGCUAAUGAAUACUGAAUGUGUAGUUCCUGAAUGGCUGCACGACAUCUUACUUGGCUACGGUGACCCAGGUUCAGCACAUUAUUCCAGGAUGCCUAAUGAAAUAGCUUGUAUGGAUUUUAAUGAUACAUUUUUGGAUAUGGAUCAUUUAAGGGCCAGUUUUCCUAAUGCGGAAAUCAGGGUGAAGACUGAUGAUCCACGAAAACUUGUUAGACCUUUCAGAUUAACAUUUGAAAACGUUUUGAAAAAGCAGCAAGAUGAUGAGGACAUGCCGGAACCCAAUGGUAAACAGGAAAGAGAAGUUAUAACUGUUGAGCCUCAUGUUCAACCAAGCAGAGGUCCUUAUCAUUUUAAUGAACCUAAAAAGAACGCUAUACCGUUUACACCAACGCAAAUUGAAGCGAUCAGAUCAGGAAUGCAGCCAGGUUUAACAAUGGUUGUUGGUCCGCCAGGUACGGGUAAAACUGACGUGGCUGUCCAGAUCAUAUCAAAUUUGUAUCACAAUUUCCCUACACAGAGAACGCUUAUUGUAACGCAUUCUAAUCAGGCUUUGAAUCAGCUUUUUGAAAAAAUUAUGGCAUUGGAUAUAGACGAACGUCAUUUAUUGCGUCUUGGUCAUGGUGAAGAAGCUCUGGAAACCGAGAAAGAUUACAGCAGAUAUGGUCGAGUUAAUUACGUUUUGGCAAAACGUUUAGAUCUUUUGACUGAAGUUCAACGAUUACAAGAUUCUUUAGAUGUUUCCGGUGAUGUUGCAUAUACUUGUGAAACUGCUGGUUAUUUCUACCUUUAUCAGGUUUUAGCAAGGUGGGAAAAAUUUCUAAAUGAGGUGCAGAAGAAUUCAAAGCAAAACCAAAACCUUGAUAUUAUAAAUGAUGAAUUUCCUUUCCACAAAUUUUUUGAGAAAGCCCCACAGCCGUUAUUUAAGAAACAAUCUUUUGAUCAGGAUAUGGAAAUUGCUCAAGGAUGUUUUAGAUAUAUAACAAGAUUAUUCACUGAAUUAGAAGAAUUUCGUGCUUUUGAAUUACUCAGAUCAGGUCUGGAUAGAACAAAAUAUUUAUUAGUCAAAGAAGCUAAAGUUAUCGCCAUGACCUGUACUCAUGCAGCUCUCAAGAGGAAAGAGUUAGUUAACAUGGGUUUUAAAUAUGACAACAUCCUAAUGGAAGAAUCGGCGCAAAUUCUGGAAAUUGAAACAUUCAUCCCUCUGUUAUUGCAAAAUCCUCAAGAUGGACACAGCAGACUGAAGCGUUGGAUUAUGAUUGGAGAUCAUCAUCAAUUGCCACCAGUUAUCAAAAAUAUGGCUUUUCAAAAAUAUAGCAACAUGGAACAAAGUUUAUUCACAAGAAUUGUUAGACUGGGUGUUCCUACUGUUGAUUUAGAUGGGCAGGGACGUUCCAGGCCAGGAAUUUGCAACUUGUAUAACUGGCGCUACAAGACUUUAGGAAAUUUGUCUCAUGUUGAAAAUUGGCCUAUUUAUAAAACUGCCAAUGCUGGUUUUUGUUAUGAGUACCAAUUAAUAAAUGUGGAAGAUUUCAAUGGUGUCGGUGAAUCUGAACCUAGUCCAUACUUUUAUCAGAAUUUGGCAGAAGCUGAAUAUGUUGUUGCAGUGUUUAUGUAUAUGAGAUUGUUAGGGUAUCCAGCAGAAAAAAUAUCAAUUCUCACAACUUAUAAUGGCCAAAAGCAUUUGAUUCGAGAUGUGAUUAAUAUGAGAUGCACAGAUAAUCCACUAAUUGGCCGACCACAUAAGGUUACAACUGUUGACAAGUACCAGGGUCAGCAGAAUGAUUAUGUAUUAGUUUCUUUGGUACGUACAAGAGCCGUGGGUCAUUUAAGAGAUGUCAGACGUCUUAUUGUGGCAAUGUCCAGAGCACGGCUAGGAUUAUAUGUAUUUGCAAGAGCUUCUUUAUUCCAAAACUGUUUUGAACUUCAACCUACAUUUAAUCAGUUGGCUCAAAGGCCAUAUGAACUGCAUUUGGCUCAAGGAGAGGUGUUCCCUACAGAACGACGAGCAGAGCAACAACCACAGCAUCCACCUCUUAUCAUGAAAGACAUGCCUGAAAUGGCUAAAUAUGUUUAUCAGUAUUACAUGGAGACUAUAAAGGCAAUGCAAAAAGGAAUGGUUCAGCCUAAAUCUUGGAGUAAACCAGGUGAUGUUCCAACAAAUGCACCAGAGAAACCAGCAGCAGCUCAUCCUAGUGGUGAUAGAGACUCCGACAGUGAGGAUGAGGAACAAAAUAAUCAACCACAAACUGAACAAAUAAGUACAAAUACAAAAACUGAUUCAGAAAAUACAAAAGACUUAGAAAACAAUAUGGAACCAACAGAAGAUUCAGAGGAAUCAGAAAGUAUUUCACAAGAUGUACCAAUUCCUGAAGAUAAUGUAUCAAAUAUGGAAGUUAGUGAAAAUACUGCACGAGUUGUAGAAGAUUCUGAAGACACAUCAGCAAAUAAAAUGUGUGAAACAAAUGAGGAUGAAGGUACAGAAAGCACUGAAAAUAUUCCAACAGUUCAUAUAAAAACAGAAACUGUUUCACCAGAAUCCAGAAGAACCUCCAGUACUGAGGCGUUUGAAAAUAUGGAAAUAUCUGAAAAUCCUGCAUCUACACCAGAAGAAUCUACGGAGGUUAUAAAAUGUAAAACUGAAAAGGAAUGAUAAUGAUGAAAAAUAUUUAUCAUUAAAUAGUUUUAUA